GUUUUGAACUGCAAGUCAAUAUAGAACGUAAUUGAGUUUAGUUUUAGUGUAGAAUACACUUACACCACACAGAGUAUUAACACGGCCUCAGUUAUCGGCCGUAUGAGUAUAAGACUGACCAAAUACUGAAUGAUGAUGAUUAUUCCGAGAAUAGUAUUAGUGCUAGUAUCUUUAUCAUUCUACAUAGUGGAAUCCAGAGAAUACAAAAGAGUAUGUUACUACACUAAUUCGCCAAAGUACGUCUACUAUAAUGUGCAGAAGUUUCUCAUCAGCGAUGUAGAUCCGUUUUUGUGUACACACAUUAUCUUUGACUAUUGUUUACUAUGGGGCAACAAGGUACAGGCCGGACAGGACAAGGAUUAUGAACUAUAUGUUCGGCUAAAUAAUUUGAAACGACACAACUCAUCAUUAAAAACAUUACUAGCGCUAUAUGGUAGGUCCAAAUUUUAUUCUCAAAUGUCCAGCACCAAAGAUUCAAGGGCAGAGUUUAUAAGUUCAGCUAUACAGUACCUGAGGAAAUAUAAUUUCGACGGAUUAGAUAUCAACUGGCAAUAUCCGGGAGAUUUGGGUGGUAAACCUGAAGACAAAGUGAAUAUAGGAUUACUGGUUAAGGAACUUAAAGAAGCUUUCGACGCAGAGUCCCAUACCUCUGGAUUUGUCUGUCUUAUUUUGACUGCUGCAGUUGCUCCUAAAAAAGACACCAUCGAAACCGCCUAUGAUAUUCCAACUUUUUCAAAGUACGUGGAUUUUAUCAACAUAAUGUCUUAUGACCUUCAUGAAUACCACUUCAGGCCAUCUACAACGGAACACUACAGUCCAUUAUUUCCCAAGUCCACUGAGAACGGUGAUAGAAGAUACUUAAAUAUUGAUUACGCGGCAAAGUACUGGAACUCAUCAGGAGCACCGAAAGAAAAAAUAAUCAUUGGUUUAGCUGUGUACGGGGUAUUAUUCCGACUAACCGGGAAUCAGACAGGUAUCGGAACGGCUGGUAGAAGAAAUCGCUACAUGUCUUAUAAUGAGAUAUGUGCUCUUCAAGAUAUUGGAAAAGGCCACAUAGUGUACGACAGUGAACAGAUGGUUCCUUAUUAUACCGACGGUUCCUUAUGGGUUAGUUUCGACGACGAAGUUAGUCUUGCAAUGAAAAUUGAAUGGUUGGUAUCCGAAGGAUAUGGUGGUGCCAUGGUAUGGGCUCUACAUCUUGAUGAUGUCAAUCAGACAUGUUCUAGAAGUAAUCGUAAAUACCCUCUUUUAAAUACAAUUAAGGAUGGACUGGUUAUCGCUGAGAAUGGUGGCACACUUACAACUCCUUCACUUCCAACUGGAAUGUCUUCUGCAGUGCCGACACCAUCAGACCCAACGACACAAGAUGUGUCAAGUGAAUCCACACAGGGAAUAUAUAAUUUGACAACACAAGAAAGGACUAGUUCAGGUACAUCGUACAAUUAA